CGGCCUCGGUCCCUGCCCCUCGCAGGCUGGGGUUGUGUGGACGGGGGCACGGGGAGUGUGUGGUUGCUGGGCGUCCAUCCCACAAACGCCCAUUCAGCCUUGACUGGGUGCAGAGCGCUGCACAUUGGGGGUCCGCAGUGAGCAAGACUGCUCAGCUCUGCUUCCGUGGAGCCCCCAUGCCCAGGGGACUACGCAGGAUUGUCUCAGUGAUUUCAGCUUGCAGCGCGUGUUAGAAAGGAAAGGAAAGGACCAUGCGAUAGAGAAUAGAAGGGGGCGGUUGCGGGGUCAGAGGCGCCCUUUCUGAGGUCCUGAAGUGAUGGAGCAAGGCUUGCGGACAUCAGCCCCCAGACACGGGGACGGCACGUGUAAAGGUAAAAGAUGGCUAAAAGCUUGCGGAGUAAGUGGAAAAGGAAGAUGCGUGCUGAAAAGAGGAAAAAGAAUGCCCCGAAGGAGCUCAGCCGACUUAAAAGUAUUCUUAAAGUAGAUAGUGAUGUUUUAAUGAAAGAUGUUCAGGAGAUAGCUACUGUGGUGGUACCCAAAGAAUGUCAAGAGAAAACCCAGUGUGUGGUGAACGAUGAAAAAGAUGACAUGAAAAUGGAGACUGAAAUUAAGAGAAACAAAAAGAGUCUUCUAGACCAGCACGGACAGUACCCCAUUUGGAUGAACCCGCGGCAGAGAAAACGGCUGAAGGCAAAGCGACAGAAACAGAGGGGGAGAAGCAAAGCGAAGGCCGCCAAGGGGCUGGCCUGGUAGACUCUUAAGAACUUGGAAGAUGCCCCAUGGGGAGAUCUUUGAUUAGAAUGUAUACAUUGAUUUCAGCUUCUACCAAAUGAAAACUUCGUUUCCAUAUUUUAACUUGGUCUUCUCUUCAAUUCAGACCCAACACAAUGCCUCAAAUUUGUUUUGAGAGCUCGAAUAAAGUAUUUUCUGUGAUGAAUGAAA